ACCCCACCCCCUGCGGCGCCUCUCCUCCGGAGCCACGGUGCCUGUCCCGGGAGCCCGGUGGCCUGGCCGGGACUGCGGGGACCCAGCUUCCGAGGGUCGGGAGGAGCCGGGCAGCCCGCAGUUCUCGUCCUCCGAGUCCUCGCGGUGGCUGGCCGCGAGCCCGGGGGCGGGCGCCUCGCCGCCGCCCUUGGCUGGGUGGGGCGGGAUGGCGGCGUCCGCGUGGCUGGAGGCCGGUCUGGCCCGGGUGCUCUUCUACCCGACGCUGCUCUACACGGUGUUCCGCGGGAGGGUGAGCGGCCCGGCCCACCGCGACUGGUACCACCGCAUCGACCGCACGGUGCUGCUGGGCGCGCUGCCGCUGCGGAGCAUGACGCACCGGCUGGUAGUGGACGAGGACGUGCGCGGGGUGAUCACCAUGAACGAGGAGUACGAGACUAGAUUCCUGUGCAACACCUCGAAGGAAUGGAAGCAAGCAGGAGUUGAGCAGCUACGGCUCAGCACAGUCGACAUGACUGGGGUCCCCACGCUGGCCAAUCUCCACAGAGGAGUCCAGUUCGUUCUCAAGUACCAGUCACUGGGCCAGUGUGUCUACGUGCAUUGUAAGGCUGGGCGGUCCAGAAGUGCCACAAUGGUGGCAGCGUACCUCAUUCAGGUGCACAACUGGAGCCCAGAGGAAGCUAUAGAAGCUAUCGCCAAAAUCCGGUCACACAUCUCCAUCAGACCUAACCAGCUGCAAAUUCUCAAAGAGUUUCACAAGGAGAUUGCCGCAAGGGCAGCCAAGAAUAACUGACGGCAUCGCUCAUGCUGGUGUAUCAAGAAUAUGAAGGCUGUGGAUCACUAAGAACUUGGCUCUUCCCAGGUCAAAGGUGUAAAGGACAACAGCCCACUAUGCUGAGUAAUAGAUAAUGUGCCUCCUUUGCCUUCCUUCCUGAAAUAACACUGUUGCAUGGCUACAGAGAACAAGAUUGUCUGGCUAAAUCUUAUUUUCUUCAACAGGGUCAAGGAAAUAGUAAUUUUAACAGAAAUCUAUUGUGUAUCUGAUAAUUUGUGUAAUGACACCAUAACAAAGACGUAUGCUAGAAAAGGAAAGAAUAAAUACUCAGAUUUGUUCUUUGUUAC